GGGGAGAGCUUUGCUUUGGACCCACUAAAAACACCGACUGAGACCUCAUUCUGAACCUUCUCCCCCAAUUACAUCCACAUACCAACACGCAAGCACGUAGACACGAUGCCGGCCACAAAGACCGUCUACCCUACUGCGCACACGACGCAGGUGGACAACCCCCGCUUGAAGGUUCUCAACAAACUUCGAAAAGGCCAGUACCCUCUGAUGACAUUCAUGGCCAUUCCCUCUGUACGCAUGGCCCAGAUCGUCGCUCUGACGGGCUUGGAUGGAGUCAUCAUUGACUGUGAACAUGGUCACAUCGGAGACGACUCGAUGCACAACUCGGUUGCCGCCAUCGCUGCCCUUGGCGUGUCGCCGAUUAUCCGCAUCCGAGGCCCGGCUCCCGACAUUAUCAAGCGCGCUCUCGACACGGGUGCACAUGGCAUCAUGGUUCCGCAGAUCAACACCGCUGAGGAGGCCCAGCAGAUUGUGCAGUACUCGAAAUUUCCCCCUCAGGGUCUUCGCGGCCAAGGAUCCGCGUUCCCAGCCAUCGGUCAUGGCCUCACCACGCCCGAGUACAUGCUCUCUGCCAACCAGACGAUCUUGACUAUGAUCCAAAUCGAGACGCGCGCUGGUGUUGACGAUGUCGAGGCCAUCUGUGCCGUGCCAGGCGUCGAUCUUGUCUUCAUUGGUCCCAAUGACCUGGCACAGUCGUUGCUCGGAUAUGUCCCAGCUCGCGGCGAUGAGCCCGAAUUCGUGGCAGCCAUCGACAAGAUUGUAACGGCGGCAAAGAAGCACGGCAAGUGGGUCGGUCGCCUUGUCAACAAUGGGACCUUGGCAAAGGGGGCCCAGAAGAGCUUCGACACUGUUGCCAUCACAGGUGACACCAAGGCGAUCCAGAACUGGUACAUUGGCGAGAUCGGAGUAGCUCGAUCAUGA